AUGGCCCCCAAAAGAUCGUGCAUUCCGAAGUAUGACAAGGAGGGCCUGAAGAAGUCGUUGUCAGAGUACGUCAAAGCGAAAGGCACGAAAGAUGCCUUCGUUUUGGGGCCAUACGAGAAACUGGCCCGAUCGAAAGCAGCCAAUGGUCUAGGCUUGUUGCAGCUCUCCAUGCUGAUCAGUGUCUUCUUGGACCAUGUCCCGGCAGCAGAGCUGCACAUCAGCUUCUUGAAAGACGUGAUGCUGGGGCUGGUUUCGAGCUACCCCGCUUUGAGUGGAUCCCUGUCGCCUGGCCUUUGGGCUAACUGGAUGGUUGAGCGGGUCCUGACUUUGCUGAAUCAUGUUCGUCGCCUCAGCUGUUCUGCAGUUCGCCUCCAAGAAGCUUGUAGUAAACUGGCCCGCGAGCAGCGAGAGGAGCUCACAGCCCUUGUUGCAAGGGUGACGAAAACCUCGAGGCCUGGCAGCCAAAGCAUGGGCUCCAAGCCCAAGCCAGAGCCUGCCUCUUCUUCGCUCAGUCCUGCCAAAAGGUGUCUCAAACCGCAGCCUAGUGCCGAGAGUGCCUUGUCAGUGGACAGUUCUGGCUUCCCUCGUCUCUUUGCCCAGGACGCCAAGGAGAUGGAUGAGCAAAGCAUGGCUGAGCAGAGCCUUGGAAUUGAUCAGCCGGAGGUGAAGACACCCAUGAAGAAGAAAGCCACGAAGCCCAUGAAAAGCAUCGCAAAACCCAUGAAAACCAACGCCGGUCCAAAGAAAAAGCGAAAGAACUUUGCCUUCAAGAAGCCAGCUUCCUACUACAAGUCCUUGUCGAAAGAGCAGCGAGCCAAGCUCAGACCUGGAGGCUGUUCCAAGUGUAGAUGGAGUAUCUGCACACCGAGUUGCUUCGUGUAG